AGCACGCUUGGAAUUGUAUUAGGUUUUGUCUCAGCACCAGGUAGGUUUUAUGGAGGAGUAGAUGCUGAGGUGGCAUGACCAUAAAAUAUAAAGAAAGAUGACGUCCAAGUCCAUGUUCUAUAAGCAGUCUCGAACCCUGCGGAUGAUUCACAGAGCAGGAAGCUUUUGUGCGCAAGAGCAGUAGUAAAAACAGUAGUAUUAGAAGUUGUUAUUGUUUCGUUCAUUGACCACAGCUUUUACGAAUGCACAGUUAACUUAAAAAAGUCAAAUAGAAAUAAGAGUUUCACAGGUUCUUGUAUCUAUAAUUAUAUGUCAACAGAAUCAGACGAGCAUGACAACAGACACUAGAAAUCAUGGUCAAUAAAAAUGCACAGACAAGUACGGUUCUCCCCAUCACUAACACCAGUUACAUAUAAUAGAGAAUCGAUAAGAAUUGUGAACAGUGAACAUCUACCACCUUUGUUUAUGUUGAGUAAAGCAGGGAGCAGCUUGCCGCGUGGGUUUCUCGGAUAAGGCAGCAUAUUUAGACAAGAACCUGAAGCGAGGUUUGGCGAGUUGCCGCCUUCGAGCGGCUGCAUCUUCCACGAUGGAGGCGAGUGGAGGCGUGGCGCUACCCAGUGAGUCACUGGAUGAGGCAUUUACUGCUUUGCGUAUAACGGGCAACAGCGCUGCCACCAGUUCAAGCAAUCAUCUGUGGCACCACACGACAAACCAAGGUAGUGGAAAAAUUAUGGUGGUAGUGCAUGGUACUGGUAUGUUAAAAUUUGAUCUUUACUGGUGGUCUACAAAAGAAAGGAAUUUCAUCGAGUCUCGUUCACGAUUACUUUUCUGCUUAGUAGUAAGUCAUGUGACUGAAAACUCUGUGGAGUAACAGUUUGAUCCAAUAGAUAGACGGAUGAGUAUCAGCUGGGGCGUUAUCGCUGCUCUAAGCUGCUCGACACUUUCGCGUCGCUGCUCUCUUGGACGGACGGCCAACAAGCUGUCGGCCACUCUGGUAGGACCGGCAAGCGUCCACGAGUGAGCGAACGACCAGUCUCAAGUAGCACUCGACGGACAGUGCGACGCGUCGGGUCUGCUGCCAUUUGCUUUGGGGCAGUAUCCGCGCUUCAUCGCAAGGAUGAGGAGAAGAAACGAGGAGCGAAGACUCUGGCACAGGUUGUCAGCGACAAGGGCAAAAAUACAUCACCAGCUGGGGAGACUUACGGCUCCACGGCUGAACUCACCGCAAAGACGGCCGCGCAGGGCCUCAGCGCUGGAGGUCACGAAGCAGCGAAAAAGACAAGCGACGGCAAGCAGUCCACCACCAAUGGCAAAGUAACGACCGCUGCGGAGAUCGGCGGUAUCUGAUUAUUUCUCCUUUACCAUUAGCAUUACCCCAGGCAUGACAAACGGUUGAGGGCGUCACGCCUUGCUAUAUUGAUCUCUUUUUCCGCGUAAGCACGUUUUGAUCUUUUCUGGGACUAGUACUAGUCGUAAAAACUUUUUAGUAUAAUAUUGAUGAGAAAAAUUGUCAGCAUACUUCAGGUAGUGCGGACUUCGACUUGCAGAAGCCUCAAAAAAAGCAUGUUGAAGGAGUUAGCACUAUUUCGACAGCAGGCAGCAGGCAAGGCGAGAUCCACGAGCAUGCUGAUGGAACUGCUUCAGGGCCGUCGCAAGACGAUGAUGGUCUCAACUUUGAUUCUUUACUUGUUUUCAGACUACUUGAUUCUUUCGCUUUCCUUAAUUUUAGACACGAUAAUCUUUCUAGCUAUUGGACCAUGGUACUACACCUUACUUUCCUUACCCAUGAGACUAAUUCUGGUCAAAGCAACCGAAAUCAAACGGGUCAUCUUCUUGUGAAUCAGAUUCAUCCAAAGGUGUCGAACAAGAGUGCCCACCCUCAAAAAAUCCGCAGGUAUAUCUGCCCAGGAGUAUGAUCACCGCGGUGAGUCGGAGGAUAGCGGUAAGCCUCGAAACCAUGUAGGAGCUAGGGGUAGUGCGGGGACAGAUAACAGUGAAGCCGCGAGCACAGAUCAUGCUAACGCUGCUUCUUCGAAGCCGGCGCCAAAAAAGGGUCUUGCGCCUUUCCUCUUUUGAAAGCACAUUGUGCAUUGUGGGCUUUCGUGUCUACUUCGGACCCGUGAGACUGAAAAUAGUUCUACUCUGUAGUUGAUGACUGAACACGGAAGUAGAAACUAACUACCUUCAACAGUUCAUGAAAAAUAUUAUCAGCAUGCGACACCUACACCAAUACGAAUAUCCCUCAAGCUCGACAGGUGUGUCUGCCCAGAAGUAUCCGCAGCGCGCAGGGUCGGAGGAUAAGAAGACGAGAAUUGAAGUGGAAGAUCAAGAUCGUGAUACGACCAAGAGUGUAAAACAAGGAACUGACACGCGGCUCCGCAAGAAGGGAAAUAAAGGACAAAAAAGCGCAAAAGCGGCCGCUCCGACAAGUGAGUCGCUGGGUACUGACUGUCCAUUUUUUCCGUCGCUCGUAGUGAUUAGAUCAUAGGGAUGCUUGUGGUCUUUGUCUCCGAGUCUUAGAUGAUGUUGUUAUCGUGCACGACAAAGACAAUGGAGGUGGAGGAGGCAUAGUGAUUUAUUAGUCAUAUAAUGUUACAAGAACUCUGUUUUGCGUUACGCUUGCGUAUUUUACUCAUUAUAACGAUAACAAGCUUGUUGACCUUGAGGUCAUUCAUUGUUGCUCACUCUCAAUUACAAUCAGAUGCAUCAGCGCGGCCGACGUAUGCCGGAGCCGGAGCUCAAGCAGCAGCUGCUGGCCGUCCUCAGAGGGACUCCAUCUCCACCGCGGCCACCAUCGGAGACACAGAAACCAGCGCUGGUGGAACUACCAGUGUGGGCGAGUUGGAUGUCGCCGCGAGUAUGGCCGAGUUCGAAGGUGGCGAAGAUCUAGGCAUAGACGGUGCUGGCAUUUUAUGAGAAAAAAUCACUGGACUGGCGUGUUUCUGGGUUUGUUGUUUCAAAUGUGUCGACUGAAGUGACGCCACUUGUGUACUCACUUCACAGGCAACUGAAGAUAGCGCCUGUUUUGCGCAGUGGCUGUGCCACUGACAUUGGACUCGUUUUUGCUGUGCUUGCACUGAAUUUCGUAGUUUUUGUCGGGCUCACGAGGACUUUCUAAUUCUUAUAAAUAUUUAUACCAACUUUCUCAUAGACAUACCCAUGUCACUAGUGGCUGAGUAGGGUACUAAAUCUAAAUACGCGACGCAAAGGAAGUAGUCAUAGUCUCUUCUUGAGUAUUUGUUGCUAGGUACUAUUGUUGUCUGUCCCUCUAAAAAGUGCGACGGACACCUACACGACGACGGCGGGUAAGCUAAAGCUCUUGCGGAAGUCGUCGGAACCGCCUCCAUCUCUCUUUGGGAAGCUGAAGCAAGUCUGCACAGAGGUGGCUGAUGGCUUUAUUGACGUUUUGCGGCGCCGCAUUGAGGGGCUUCUUGGGUCGAGCUCAUCUGCGUUGGUUGGCGGAGCGGAGAUGGGUCGGCCAGAUUUAUGGGAGGAAGUAAAAUGAGAUUGUCCUUGUCGAGGCUGCGCCUGCGUCCCUUCUUAUCCAUCGAACAAAAGAUGCUUGGUUUCUGAAAAAGAAGGUAGUGAUGAAGAUCAUGAUGAAGUUGUAACAACUGGUGUAUGAAGGUUGAGUGAUAUAAUCAUUUGUAAUCUCCUUGAAGUUUUUCCCGACUUUCUUCUUUCACAUGUUAUGGACCGCAUGCGAGACGAAGGUGAGCAAGCGCUUUCCUUGUUGCAGCGCAAUGACCUUUUUAGUGACCCUACGGUCGUGAGCGCUAUGAAGGAGGUGAAUUGUCAGCUAAAAGAGGAUCCGAGCGACGGUCUAUGGCUCAUCGACCGCGAUGAGCAGUUACUUACCAAAGAACACGCGUAG